AUGUAUAGUCAUAGCAACAGUAAUGACACUUUUGAAGAGGUAGAUGUCCCAUUAGAUUUACAACACAAGUUGAACAUGGCAAUAUGUGGAACGGAAUCACAUAAUUUACCGCCUGCCGUGCAUGAAAAUAGUAGUGAUGAAAACAAUAAUGCAUAUUAUAGGAAUACUAAUACUAAUAUUAAUAGCAUAAUGGACCAAAACAUGAAUACAAAGAAUACACAUGAAUCUUAUCCAUCUCUUAUACCACAACACAAUUUUAUUUCUGAUGGUACCGAUAUAAGUAAAAUUAAAUCUAGGGACAACCAACAAGGGAAAACUAACCAAUAUUUGGCUAAGACAAGGUCAUCAGGGCGAGUAUCAUUACUUUCUACCAAUUCAUCUACAGAUUCACUUAAUCUAUUAUUGGAUAGGCAAAGAAUAAGUCAACUGAACCAUCCAAUGCACCAAGUGCUUAUCUCUCACCAUGGAAAUGAUUGGAAAUCUAAAGUUAAAGAAACGAACAAAAUAUCUUUGACAUAUGAUCCUGUAUCCAAACGCAAGGUGCUAAAUACAUAUGAAAUUAUAAGAGAACUGGGGCAAGGUCAACAUGGGAAAGUUAAAUUGGCAAAGGAUUUAAACACAAAUGAAUUCGUAGCUAUUAAGAUAGUCAACAGGCAUGAAAGAAACAAAUUCCACAGAACUUUUUUUAAAAAAAUUAUUGAGAAUGAUAAAAUUAAAAGAGAGAUAGCUAUAAUGAAAAAGUUACAUCAUCCACAUGUUGUGAAAUUGAUUGAAGUGUUGGACGAUUUGAAAUCAAGGAAAAUAUAUUUGGUGCUGGAGUAUUGUUCGAGAGGUGAAGUCAAAUGGUAUGAUGAUAGUAAUUGUUUAGAGAUGGAUGCAAAGGGUCCCCCCAUUUUAAGUUUCCAGAGAACGAGAGAGAUUAUUAGAGGAGUUGUACUAGGCCUAGAAUAUUUACAUUAUCAAGGAAUUAUCCAUAGAGAUAUAAAACCUGCAAAUCUUUUAAUAUCAGAAGAUGGAACGGUAAAAAUAUCUGAUUUUGGUGUCUCAUUGGCCUCCACAAAUAUUAUGAAACAUUGUAGCAAUAAUAAUAGUUUAGAUACCCAAUCCACCCUUCCUGAUAAUAAUAAUAGUGACACUAUUACUAUCACCAGCAGUGUUGAUGAAUUAGAACUGGCAAAAACAGCAGGAACACCGGCUUUUUUUGCUCCAGAGAUAUGUUUAGGCGAAGAAGUGUUUACAAGAUAUAAUGUGAAUAGAACUGAAUUGUUUAAUGGGUCAUGUAUCUCUCUAAUGAUUGAUAUUUGGGCACUAGGUGUAACGUUGUAUUGCUUAUUAUUUGGGAAGUUACCGUUUGUGUCUAAUUAUGAACUAGAAUUAUUCGAAAAGAUUGUCAAUGAUAAAGUAAUGUAUCCAUCAUUCAAUGAAUUAAAUUCCAAUAAUGUAUCAAAUGUCUCGUGCGAACAGGAAUAUGAUUCGUGCAUUGACUUAUUGAAUCGUUUAUUAGAGAAAAACCCUGCAAAAAGAAUUCCAGUAGCAGAUAUAAAGACUCAUAGCUUCAUAUGCUGGGAUUUUAAUCAUAUGCCCAAAUAUAAUCCAAGUGAGAUAAAACAUAUUUUACAUGAUAAGAAAGAAUUUGAACAGAACCAUAAGAAAUCAUGUAAACCUAUUUCUAUUACAAGACACGAAUUAAAAUAUGCGGUGUCAGGUAUUGGUAAAAAAAUAAAGGAUUCAUUUUUAAAUUCAAAGAAUUAUAUCAAGAAUAACAAUAAUAAUAGCAAUAUAGCGUCAGUUAAUGAGAUUAAUCCAGGUAAAAAAUUUAGGAAAAAUAAUAGCGAAUUGAGUUUAUUGUUAAGUGAAGGUUCUAUCAUGAGUGAUAUUGGAGAGCAUGAUAUUCUAACCACAUUAACUCAACAACUAUCAUUAGAAUCAAUUCAAUCUAGUGAAAGUGAGGGAUUCAGCAAAAAUGAUAAACAAAUGCUGACUCGCCCAAUUUUAACUAAAAAAAAUGUCUGUGGCAAUAAUAAUUAUAUGACGAGCAAUAAUCUAUAUGCAGCACAUAGUGAUGGUAAUGACAAAUUGCAAAACAAUCCGUUAUUGAGUAAUAACAAUGAUAAUGACUUAGAGAUUCAGGAAUAUAAUAAUGUUAUCAAUCUUCCUAUUAACUCCUCUUUUGCAUCUUUAGAUUCAUUUUACAUUGAUAAUUAUGCAUUGAAUAAAGUGGGUUUGCAAUCUCCUUCUUUGGUCAAUUUUGAUGGUUCAAAUCCAUCUUCAAGUUAUUUUAAUACUAGAAAUCCAUCCUUCUCAUCAUCCAAUGGUUUUGGAUCAUUUCUAGUAUCGCAUAACAAAUUAUAUGGGACAAAUACUAAUAAUAGUGGCGAUGUAAUCAGUAAUAACAAUAAUAAUAUGAGUCAAACAAAUUUUACUAAGCCAACAAUCAGAACGCCAACUCCUCGAUUAGAGACUAAGAACAGUAGAAGGAAUGUGAAAAAUAUAAAAUCUAGAGUAGCUACUAGUAAAGAUAAAAAUAGAAAUAAAAAGAAUGAAAAUAAAUCGAAUAACAAUAUAAUUUUUUCCAAUUCCAAAGAUAAAGAUGCGGUCAAAUGCACCAUCACUAAUAAUAAUAAUGACAAUGGCAAUAAUGUGAACAAUCAAUCUAAUGGCAAAAAUUUACCUAGGGAUAAUAUGAAACAAUCAAAUAGCAAUUUACAUAUGAUUAAUCAAUAUAAUCCAUUGAUACCUCCUUUACGAAGAAUUCAACGUGGUAAUUUUAUAGAUGCAUUGAAUGGAUCUGAUUCUGAUUCACAUGAAAGUGGGAGUUUUCAAUCCACAUGUUCCUCUUCUUCAUCCUCCUUGUCAUCAUCAUCAUACUCGUCAUCAUCGUCUUCCUCAUUCUCUUCUUCUUCGUCCUCAUUAUCAUCCAACAUAUAUCACCCUAUCGAGGGUACAAAUUCUACAGAUUCAUUACCGUUUGAGUUUGCAGUUGAUCCAGAAAGAGUGGGUAGUGUGGUCUCGUUUGAUAUGUCACGGUUCCAGGGAAAUGGGUUUGCAACCAACUAUCAAACAUCUCAAGAUAUAUAA